CGUCUUCAAAUACUGAAGAUUCACGGAGAUUCCGAAGAUCCAAAGAAACACCCAUGGCUACUCUCACCCGUCCCUCCACCUCCACUCUCUCAACCAUCAGAGCAAAGUCCUUCACUUUCAACAACAAUCCCUCCAAAUUAACACUUUCCCCUUUCAAAACCCAAUACCCCAUCACCACCACCACCACAUUCAAAACCCUAACCCCUCUCAAAUCCCAAAGCCCCGCCACCACACCCCCUGAUCUCUCUCCAAUCGCCACCCGCGAAACCCUCAAAUCCCGUCUCCACAACGGCGAGACCCUCUAUGGCCUCUUCCUUCUCAGCUUAUCCCCCACAUUUGCCGAGAUCGCCGGCCUCGCCGGCUACGACUUCGUCGUCGUAGACAUGGAGCACGGCCCUGGCGGCAUCUCCGACGCGCUCUCCUGCCUCCGCGCGCUGGCCGCCACGCGCACCCCCGCGAUCCUCCGACUGCCUGAGAGCUGCCCCACCUGGGCCAAGAAGGCCCUGGAUCUCGGCCCACAGGGUAUCAUGUUCCCCAUGAUCGAAAGCGCAAAGGACGCCAAGCGGGCCGUCUCGUACUGUCGCUUCCCUCCCAAUGGGAUCCGCGGCUCGGCCCACACGGUCGUGAGGGCCUCGAGCUACGGCAUCGAUGAAGGGUAUUUGGGUAAUUACGCGGACGAGUUGCUGAUCAUGUGCCAGGUGGAGUCCGAUGAGGCCGUCAAGAAGGUGGAAGAGAUCGCGGCCAUUGAUGGGGUGGACUGCAUUCAAAUGGGGCCGUUGGAUCUGAGUGCCAGCAUGGGGUAUCUAUGGGACCCGGGUAACAAGAAGGUGAAGGAGAUGAUGAGGGCCGCAGAGAAGGGCGUGUUGGCUGUGGAGCCUAAAGCUGGUGGGUCCUACUUGGCCGGCUUCGCUAUGCCCUUCGAUGGGCCUGAUGAUCUGAGGAGGCGCGGGUAUCACAUGGUGUCUGGGGCCGUUGAUGUGGGGCUGUUCAGGAGCGUGGCCGUUGAGGAUGUGAAGAGGUUUAAGAUGGGUUUAAUGGAGAGCUCUGAUGAUGUUGAGGAUGGUAAGGAUGCUGAUGAGAAAUACUGGAGCGAAUGAGUAAAAGGAAUUUAGAAAGGAAAAAUUGGAAUGAUUUUUGUUUUAUUUUGUUUGUAAUUACAGUCGUCUUGUUUCUGUCUCAGCUUGUUAUUGAAAUAGAAAAUGCAAAAUGUACUACCAUCUUUUCAACAAUA